UCCACUCUCUCUGCUCUCUCUCUCUCUCUCUCACAUAGGCAGCACAGACGUGGGCAGAGUGUGGGGGUAUAGGAAGAGGAGAGAGCAGGAGGGUAGGUAGUAGUGUGUGUGUGAGGCUGUCAGACAGCAUGGUCUGGGUCUGAGGACAGCACUGGAAGACGCAGCAGCAGCAGCCUCCAGACCUCCAUGUAGACCCAGUGUGGUGACAUCCACAGAUCACCUGGAUCAUCCAGCACCCACCCAGGACAACACCCACCUCUUCCAGAGGAGCAAGAGGAAGAGGAGGACGAGGGGGUGGGUCUGUUUAUCUUCUUUUUUUUCCUUUUCUAAUUUUUUUUUUCUUUUUUUUUUUGGUUUUGGGAAAAGGCUCCGGGCUGGACCGCAUGCAUGACACAACGCAAAGGCGAGAAACCCACCAUCAGCAUCCAGGAGCACAUGGCCAUUGAUGUGUGCCCUGGCCCCAUCCAGCCCAUCAAGCAGAUCUCUGACUACUUCCCCCGUUACCCACGGGGCCUCCCCCCUGCUGCGCCCCACCAAGUGGGCCACGCCGGGUCCCUGCGCUCUGCCCUCUCCACCUCCUCGGCCGCCGCCACUGCCGAAAGUGACCGCACCAAUGAGGACAACCCAGACCGGGCUUGUGCCGGAGCCUCCGCCUCCUUACAGGCCGCCAAGAGGGACGAGGAGCCAGAUGUGGAGGGAUACGACUCAGAUGACUCAACUACAUUGGGGACCUUGGAAUUCAGUUUGCUGUAUGACCAGGAGAACAAUGCACUGCACUGCACCAUUAACAAAGCCAAGCUUCCCGUCCCCAGAUACAAGAAGGGGCUCAAACCGAUGGACCACAAUGGGCUGUCAGACCCCUAUGUCAAGUUGCACCUACUGCCUGGCGCCAGCAAGGCCAACAAACUUCGAACCAAGACCCUGCACAACACACUCAACCCUGUUUGGAGCGAGACCCUGACCUACUACGGCAUCACCGAUGAGGAUAUAGUCCGCAAAACACUCAGGAUUUCAGUGUGUGAUGAGGACAAAUUCCGCCACAACGAGUUCAUCGGGGAAACGCGAAUCCCUCUCAAGAAGCUGAAGCCCAACCAAAUCAAAAACUUCAACAACUGCCUGGAGAAACAGUUACCUGUCAACAAGACAGAGGACAAGUCUCUGGAGGAACGAGGACGCAUCAUGAUCUCUCUGAAGUACAACACCCAGAAGUCUUGCCUGGUGGUGGGCAUCAUACGCUGUGCUCACCUGGCCGCCAUGGACGCCAACGGCUUCUCCGACCCCUACGUCAAAACGUACCUGAAGCCUGACGAGAACAAAAAGUCAAAGCACAAGACUGCUGUGAAGAAGAAGACACUCAAUCCUGAAUUCAACGAGGAGUUCUGUUACGACAUAAAAUAUGCAGACCUCACCAAAAAGACCUUGGAGGUGACCGUGUGGGACUACGACAUCGGAAAGUCUAACGAUUUCAUAGGUGGCGUAUCUCUGGGUAUCAAUGCAAACGGAGAGAGGCUCAAACACUGGUUUGACUGCCUCAAAAACAAGGACAAGAAAAUCGAGCGCUGGCACACGUUGACCAAUGAAUUACCUGGUUCUUUAAAUGACUGAAAACCCGCGUCCUGUCGUCCAACCUGUCGGCCCCCUUGUCCCUCCCUGGCUGCACCUGAUAGGACUCCUCCUUUCAUUGUCCUGACUCCUCCACUCGGCUCUUCUUCUCUGGAUUUCUCCUCACGUUGGCCACAGCGACCUGUGACACCUCUCUUUGGGAAUAUAUUUCCUCUCAACAGGGCUCAGCAAAAAAAAAAGAAUAUCCAAAACCUUAUGCUUGUAUUCAACAACACUUUCACAUAUCUGAUAGGAUUUGCAUGGCCGCUCAUUUAAGAGAAAUUCAAUCAAUCAGAGUGGUUGUAAUGUUGAAUUUUCAAGCUUCGUAAGUCUGAUUUCUUGGAUGAUCAGUUAAGAUAAAAGCAGCAAAUGCUUUCUAUUCAAUUAGAUCUUUUAUAGCAGCUAAAUAAUUUACCAGUGAUUCACCAGUCCCCAGAACAGCACAAACAAAGCCUUCAUACUGUCAUGUUGGUGGCUGUGAAGUCAAACAGAACUGUAGGGGACAGAGAAUCCAACAAAGGAUGUAGCAAAAAUUUCAUGCUGUUGGAUUUUGCAGAAAGGUUUAGUGGAAUAGCUCUUAUCCUCUCAAGUAAAUCUCCCAUUUUCAGUCUGCUUGACACUAAUAUUUAGUGUUGUAGAGGAGCAGCUGAAUAAAUUAACCAGCCACGCGUUUGAGGACGUUGCACUUUGAUACGAUUGUAAAGCUGUUGGGUAAUGCGGGUCAUGCUGUCGUUCACCCUCACCCUCAAGAAGUUUGUUUUUUAGAAAUCUGGAGCAUUUAACCUUUAGUUUCAGUCAUUUGGCCAGGUGAGAACCAUGUCAUAGGAACCCAGAACCUCCUCAAAAUACUGAGCAAAUUAAGGCCUCAGAGUGCUUCAAACAAGCGAGCAGCAUCUGUCAUUGACCUCAUAUGAAUUUUAUGUUAAAGUAAAAAAGACUUUCGGCUGCAGACAGAAGUAUGAUUCUCGUCCACUGAGAGUGAAGGUAAUAAUGAUGUUAUAGCAUCCAAAUCAAACCAAAUGUAAACAUAGCAACGUCAGAUCAACAGUUUCCGAAGGCACUGACAAAUUAACUCACACUGCCGACAGGAGUAUCAGACUGUACCAGACUGAAUGUACUGUAUGUAUUUUUCCAUUUAAUUAGCAGGAAUUGUUGGUCUGAUCUAAAAGCAGAAGUGUUAAAUCUUAUUCAGAAUAGUCCCACUGAAAAGAGAAACGUCUGCCGUCACAGCUUCCUCCUGGUUGCAUCCCACUACCUCCCCGGGCCAUCUCCGAGAACUGUGUCUUUACUGUUUUUUUUGUAGCCUUGACACCAUGAAUCAUAUAAAUGGGUAUAACUAAUCUCUCCUCACAGGCAUUUCACCCAUUGACAGCACCAACAAAACACUAGACAGAUGUAUCAUGCGUAAUCAGGCAUGAGACCUCGCCUUGAGCAAUGGUCCCAUUGAGCAGAAAGUUUGCAGUGAAAAUGGCUUUGUAAGAUGCGAUUGUUAAACUUGCAAAAGAAAACACAGCUCAGGCUGACCAAUCACACGAUCUCCAUGUAGCAUCUCCAUAGCUGCCGAAGCCCCAAAAUAUGGUUUUCUCUACAGUGUCUAGAGUCUCUGUCGCCGUGCCAUAACCCCUUCACACAGCAUCAUAAAUCCACCUUUACAUGAUACAACUUCAGCGUUUUGUUUGAAGUAUACUGAGGCCUGCAGUCCUCUUUCAAUCUAACUGCAGUGCAGUUUGUUGGGAGGGUGCCAAUAACCAGACUAACAACACAAAACAACCCCAAAAUGCAAGGCUUUAUGGGUACAAGGAGACAAAUGUUGGUUGAAAGGCAUAAGUUCUGCUAGACUGACUCAUCUGUAAGCUGGCAGGGUGACAGGUUACCGCAAAUUACUGUCCAAUAAGCCGACGGCUUAGACAGCGGUUUAAACUGUCAACAAAACAAACCAAUGCAAAAAUCAACUUUACCUAAACUAUUUCCUCACCUCUACGUACAGCAAGUAUUUAUGACAUUACAAACACCGGUUCCCUGUGUGUCUCUGUAUAGACAAACCAAUAUUCUAGGUGUCAAGGCGCCACCUAUGCUUGGAUUACUCACUGAUCUUUUUCAGUGUGUACCACUAAUAUAUAGAGCUGCCGAGCUGGUUUUGUGGUAACCGUGAUCUCAAGGUUCCAAGUGUUUCGUCCAUUCAGUCGUUUGCAGACUACAAAAUGCUGGUUUCUUAUUUACAGCAAAAAAAAAAAAAGGAAUGGCUAGAGAUGCAUUUUGAAAUUCAGAUUCAGUUGGGAGAAGAAUCAAGCGAGCACGGCAUUGUUUUCAAUCAGCUGAUUGUCUAUCAUCAAAAGUGAUUUUCGCAGAUGUCUUAAGAUUGAGUGCUCGAAAGAACAGCAGGACUUUGAGGGCAAGAUGAAACUUCUUUCAAACGGCCGUGCAGGGUGUUAGCAGAGUGCCACCGAGUCAAACCAUAAAAGAACAGCAUAAUAGUGUGAUAGCUGCUGUGAGUCGUGUGUGUUUAUUCAGGUGCUGAAGAGGGUUAUGGAUGUAAAAGCAGAUCUCGUAUGCGCCUGAUGAUUCUGAUGAUCUGUGGAUAAUUUCAGCACAGAGGUGGAAACGUUCGCAGUCACUGUGCACGGCAAUCACACAGCCUUGCCUCAGUGUGUUUGGAAGGUGGAGAGCCUACUUGAUGGAGGCCGGCAGUAAUCAACAACAGAAUGAAGUUCAGUGGGUGACCCGCCUGGUGAAAAUCACUUGUCGAACCACAAUGCCACAGGAUUGGGCAGCUCUCUGAUGUGUGCGCGGCUUAUUGUUUACACUACAGAAAAUGAGUUUCCACAAAAACUCGCUGGUGGCAUUUUCAGCUGUGAUGUGGAUGAAAAUGUACCUGCUGUAUGUCAAAAGGGCAAAAUUUUAAAAGCGGAAAGUUUACGUAAAAUAAAAUACACACACACACACACAAAAAAAAGGAAAAAACUAACAAUAACAGCAUGUAUUGUUUACAACAGCCUAUUCUUGCUGACGUCCGAGUUUGCUGCUGAAAGGGCAAACACACCCUUGCUAAAGUCACUGCGAUUGUUCAGUCAUGCAAUGCAAGCUUUGCUACGAUGGGCCGAGGUGAGAAAGGCAGAAUUUUUAAUGUACUUGCUGUGUACGUAUCCUGUUACUCUGUUGCUGGUUUUUGAUUUUAUUUAUUUAUAUCUAUUUUUUUUUAUUGUAAGCAGCUCCACUAUAAAUGUAUGGAACAGAAUGUACAUGUUUAACCCCUUCUAUUCCGCAGUAAAUCCUCUGAGAAUGUGCACCUUAGUGCUCUGUGUUGUUGAUAUUGUUCACAUGUCAAAUCUCUGUAAAAUGUUCUGUAAUUGGACACACACAUCUGGGAAUAGAGCUGGUUUAAACUCACAAGGGGCUAUGUCACUCAAGUCACAUACUAAAGAUAACUAAACAUUUUAUCUGAUUCCUUCUAACCUGUUUGUUUUUUUUUUUCUUUUAAUAUUUUAUGUUUAGGUUUAUUACCCUAAGGCCCUGUGCAGUCCAGAAACAGGACUGAAGACUCUUAACCUGAGUUGCCCUCAUGGACCAGUAGGCUGGGAUGCAUGCCAUGUAUUUUGUGCGAUUUUAUGAGUUCGAUUCCGCAGCAUAACCUUUUCUGCAUGACCCCCGCACCCGCCUUUCUGGUAAAUUUCCACCGUGCACUGACUGGCAACACAGAAACGCCGUGCAAAAGGUCCUCACGUAACGUUCAGGAUUCCUGUCAGGCUUGCAGUUCAGCUAACAGCUUUUUGUCAUUACUUCACGACACUGUAAGUGAUAGGCCAGGCGUGUUUGUUUUAAGGAUCAUGUUGACUCUGUCAGAUCACAUCAUUUAAACUCACUAAUUACAGCUGGUGGAUAAUCACAAACAGCCCUGAUCUCCAUUUGUUCAGUUAUUUAACCUUCCUAACUCAUAGAUUUAUUAUUGACGUAGUGUUAUUUGAGCUGUUACGUUCCCAUUCACACUACAUCCCAUUGAUUUUGAAUUUGAUUUUGAUAAAUGAUAUCACGCCUUCAGAGCUGGGUAAUGAAAUGUUUAAUGCAUCUGAUCAGGCCUCACGUCUCAGUUUUCCUUAAGUGUUAACAGCCUCUUCAGCCACAUUGAUUUGUAAGGCACAAACCGGCUGUGAAACCUUGUUGGCAUCUUAAUAUACUGCUUGACACAACAGUGAUCCCUCUCUCUCUCUCUGAUGAAUAUGUAAUGAAUACAACCAACAUGUGAUUUUGAUUUUGUAAUAUGUCUGCCUUUGUAUGCAAGCUCAAUAUUAUAAAAAAAAAAACAAAUCUGCAUGCAUAUGUUCUUGGUU